UUCCUCGUCUUCCUCUUCCUCUUCCUCUUCCUCUUUCUUUACGCUCGCCUCUCUCUCUCUGUCUCUCUCGCUUCAAAUCCUUGCUUUCGAUCUCUUCGCCAUGGAAAAUGAGGCAUUUUGGGGCUCCAACUGGCUUUCUGCCAUCGCCAAACCACCGCCGGCGAUGAGCUUCGCCUCGGACGAUCACUUACCUCCGUGCGCACUCAAUCUCAAUUGGAAGCAAUUGCUGCGCCAUGACGUCGAUUUGGAGUCGGAGCUCAGCUCUCUCGUCUCCUCCCCGUCCUGCCAUCCGGCGGCCUCCGCCGACGGGGGCGUCGUCGGGGGGGUCAUCGGACGGCUGGGAACCAUCUGCAACUCUGGUGAGAUCUCCGUGGGCUCUCGACUCCAUAGCGCCAGCAGUUCUUGUUACAGCACCCCCUUGAACUCCCCUCCAAAGCGCAAUCUGUCCGUCCCGGACUACCUGGUGCAGGGCAGAAGAGGCUUCCCAGGGUCGGUGAAUCCAUCGCCCGGAGGCCACUUUAUGCCGCUGCCAACCGACCCGUGGCUUGCGGAGGACGCCGCGAGGCUUUCUCGCGGCGGAGGAAUGAGCUCCUCCGGCUUCCCAGGGAAAUUAGGGCUCCCCGAGACGCCCGGAAAGCUCUCGAGAGCCUCCAGCAGCAAGUCUCUAACUGGAUCACGCAUGGUAGUGCCGGAAAACGGGAACGAGCCCUGGGUAUUAGGCGCCGCCCUGAUGGAGAUGGAGAUGAGGUCUCGAGUCGGGGGAUCCUUGACGCCGGAGCAGUCGGAGCCCGGCAAUGGCCGGGAGGAGUCAUCGAUCGAGGAGGCAUCCUCCUUGAGAGGCACCAGCGAUAGCAAUGCUAGGAAAAGGAAAGCCUCCGCCGGAAAAGGGAAAGGAAAGGAGGGACCUUUACCUUAUUCUGCCACACAUCCUCCAAAUAUGACAAAUGAGAAUUCUGUUGCCAAGAGGUGCAAAACAUCUGAAACUAAUGCAAUGAUGAAGACUGAGCAGGAUGGAGAUAUUGGCAGAAAACCGCGCAAAGACGACAAUAAGCUACUUGAGCCGCCAAAGGACUACAUCCAUGUAAGAGCAAGAAGAGGGCAAGCCACCGACGCUCACAGUCUGGCUGAGAGAGUCAGAAGAGAGAAGAUCGGCAAGAGGAUGAAGUUCCUGCAAGAUCUUGUUCCUGGUUGCAACAAGGUUACUGGUAAGGCAGUAAUGCUUGACGAAAUCAUAAACUAUGUGCAGUCAUUACAGCGGCAGGUCGAGUUCCUUUCUAUGAAGUUGUCUACACUGAGUCCCCAACUCCACAACAUGGAAAAUCUCUUCCCUAAAGAAAUGUAUCAAGGACAAGGGACGAUGCCGCAGCCGGUUUAUCCGGCAGAAAUGGCAAGUGCAGCAUAUCCAUACUCACAUCAGCCUCAAGCAUCUCCUCCUCUUCAGAGCAUUGUGACUUCAGGCCUUGAAUCGCAAUUGGCACCUCUCUAUGGUUUAUCAGAUGCUCCCUCUCAGGUUGGGGAUUUUUGGGAAGAUGAUCUGCAAAGUGUGGCUCAGAUUGGCUUCCGACAGCACUAAAAGACAGCUGAGACUGUUUUCUCCUCUGCAAGUUUGCGCGACCAAAUGCAAGCAAAUCACAUGAAGGUCGAUCGCACCUUAACUCCUGCGAUUUUAGAUAAAAGAGAGGCGUAUGUAUAUAAGCCCAACGUUGUUCCACAAUUGCAUCAAAUGACCAUUCAAUCUGAGCAUAUAAUUCAUUCAUAGAUUUCUUAUGAUCAGUAGAUAUGAUGAGUGGGGCUAAGAUUGUAACCCUCGGGGGGUGGUAGAACUCAGUGUGAUAAAGUGAUUUUGUACCAUAACAAGUACUGUUCAACUUAAGAGUAAGGCAGUGUUCUUGAAGAGAA